AUGGCCCCAAUACCUGGCAAUCUGGGUGCCAGGGCCCCGCCUGCCCGGGCCGUGAUUCAACUUAGCUCACCGCCAGCCUUUGGUUUCUCUGAUGGUUCAUUGACGUCAAAGUUCCCUGCUGCCUCUGGGGUCCCUCUCCAAUCUCAGACUGAUUCUCCUCAGAAGUCCAAGAAGAAACUUCAGCUGGCAGAUGAGACUAUUCCCACAGACAAUGACCCCCUUAUCACGUACCGGAUAUGUGCGAGCCCGUUUGGCCUCUUUCGACAGGGUCCUGGGAUCAAAUCACUUCAGUCCGGAUCCCUGCAGGGUCCUCCUGAUUGCUUAUUUGGCUCCGACAACCGUCUGCCAUUUCUCUGCCUUCUCAAGCGGCUGCCACCAUCGCAGUCCGUAGCAUUUGUCAACCCGAAUGGGACGUGCUGCAAGUUGACAGCAGAACCGUUCUGCAGCCCUCCCUACUGCCCCAGCGGCGCAACCGGAUCUGGUUCCUCCCCCGCUGGCGCCCAACAUUACCAAUCAGGGACAGCUUGCCCGGUUUUGGUUGAUGAUACUCUGUUUGGCCCAAAGCUUGAAGACGAUGCAGUUGAUACAGAGGAUCUUGGGGAUACCUCGAUCGAGCUUGUAAUGUCAGACAACAUACAAGAAAAAUUCAACAAACUGAAUGUAGAGGCAGAGCUUCAGGUGAGUGUCUUGGCCGGCCUGAUCAAGUUGAGUGGAUCAGGAUCCUACCUAGGGGAGGAAAGAAAGAGCGCUAGAGCUCAAAGUAUGAGUUUAAUCUACAAGCUGAGAACAGUCAAUGAAGAGAUCAUGCUUCGCCAGAACAAAGAUAAGAUCGACCUGAAAAUUCUGUCACCUUCAAAUGGGCAAACUGUUAAUGCAACCCACGUGGUUUAUGCUAUUGAUUGGGGAGCAGUUUGUUCGGUUACUUGUGAGUGCGAAAACAAAGAAGAUGAAAGUGUAACUGACGUCAAAGGGGCCUUGAGCGCAGAGCUUGAAAAACUCAAACGUUUGGUUGCUGACAAAGGGUCUGCAAAAGCAUCAUAUGAUGAUGAAAACAAAGAAAAUCACAAAAAAUUCACUUUCCAAUUUAAAGCGGAUGUGUUGGAUCCUGACAAGGAUCCUGACAAGGAUCUGCCUGUGACAUUCGAAGGUGCUCUUAAACUAGCGCGAAAUUUUCCACGUCUAGUUAAAAACACAAACACAGGGAAGGGUGUUCCAUUGCUUUACAUGUUGAAACCACUGGAUGCUGUCGUCAAGAUGUGUAAGCUCCAGAUACAAUUUCAAAAACAAUACACAUCAAUCAAUGACGACAGCAUCAGAAAGUGUGCACAGGCUGUGGAGGGAAUCACCCAAAAAAAACAAUCUCUCUACGAUAUUCACAAAGAUCUGCAUGCCAGCGCCGAAUAUGUCCCUGAAGGAUCCCUAGCUGGGAUUGAUGAUAUCUUUAAGAAGUUCAUAAAGCAAGAAUCUGAUUUUAAGGCUGAGCUUCAAGAUUUGGUGAAGAAAGUCAGGUCGGGAAAUGAAGACGUCUCUAAAAUUGAGGCAUUCCUGGAUAAGGAAUUGUCUGCGACAUUUUCCGUUUCCAGGUACAACUUUCACAUGAAAGGAUUUCAAAAAGAUCUGAGCAAACUAAAAUCUAUCAAACCAUGGAAAAAGAAAGGAAUCAUCUACAUCGGAAAAAAAGAUGAAGUUACCGUGGACGACAGCAGAAUGGUCUAUGUUCUCUACAAGACUGGCGACGAGAAUGUAAAAACCGAUCUUCAUGAGAAAAAUUGCGAGUUCUUUGAACGACUACAAACAACACAUGCUCAUGACAAGGACUUCAAAUUCAUUGUUGUAGACCAAGACCUAAGAGAGGAUAUUUGGCCAUCUGGCGAAACGAAAACAACCAUUCAUAGCUUUGAAAAUGCUGUUCAAACAUCGGUAGACCUGUACGCCAAAGAAGGCGAAGAUUCUGAGAUGUGUCUGAUAAAAAUCAUAAGACCAGUUUACAAGCAAAUGCGCCCACACAACCGAGCAUAUGUCAGGAUAAGAUGCCCAAAUGCUUUGGCCGGAAAUGGUCAAUGUUCAGGUGACCCUUUCACUUGGAAGUGUAACAAAUGCAGGGAGUUGGUUGAAUAUGGCAUAGAAGAUAAACUGUUUUACUGCAAAUGCGGACAAUCUGACCCCAACGAAUCACUCUGGCGUUGUAAUGAGAAGGGUCACGGCAUGAAAUACAUCGAGUGUCAACACGAUAUUCUCUCUGCGGAGUUGUCAAAUCUUCGGGCCUUGAAGGAGAGAAACAUCUUGAUCUUGGGUGAGACAGGUGUUGGAAAAUCUACAUGGAUCAACGGUUUUAUUAACUACCUUCAUUAUGAUGGUCUUGAGGAAGCUAUGAAUGCCAAGGAAUUCCAAGUUUUAAUACCGUCCAGCUUCACCUUUACACGGGACGGGGAGGAAACGAAGAUAAUGGUUGGGGAAAGUGACACAAAUGAGAACAUGGAAGAAGGAAAAUCUGCAACCAAAGAGCCACGUUCCUAUCUCUUCCACGUAGGAGGAGACAUCGUUCGCUUGAUUGAUACACCAGGAAUAGGAGCUAGUGAAGGUAUAGAACAAGAUCGGAAAAACUUUGACAACAUACUAUCGCAUCUGACCUACUACCAGGAGAUUCAUGCUGUGUGCAUACUUCUCAAGCCAAACAAGUCACGUCUAACAGUAAUGUUCCGCUUUUGCAUCCAAGAACUCUUGGCCCAUCUGCAUUCGUCAGCCAAACACAAUAUUGUAUUUUGCUUCACCAAUGCUCGAGCUACAUUCUACCAGCCUGGAGACACCUUGCCUACCCUCAACACAGAGCUCAGGAACAAACAGGUUGGAAUUCAAGCUACUCCGAGCAACUACUUUUGUUUUGAUAACGAGCCUUUCCGCUUCUUGGCUUGUGUGAAAAACAGAGUGAAAUUCAGCCAAGUAGAAAUAAACACUUAUGCUGAAAGCUGGAACAAGUCUGUUGAACAAACCAAGAAGCUAUUUGAGCACAUCAGCUCUUUGGGGCCUCACAAAAUUCGGAAUACUUUGAGCAUGAAUGAGUCACGAAGAAUCAUCUUGGCCAUGAGCAAACCCUUGGCAGAAGUGGCCAAGACAAUCCAACAAACUGUACAGCAAGGCAAAGAAGCAACGAGACAAAUUGACCUGGUCGACAUAGAUAUGGACAGCUUGAAAGCCAAACUGAAGUUUUCUGGAUUUGACCUGAAGCGUGUGGAGCUAAAAUAUCCCAGAACAGUCUGUGCAGCUCCAGAAUGUGUCCGAUAUGUCCCAGUCGGAGCGAGUAGUACGCAAAACACAAUAUACGAUCAAAUAUGCCAUGAUCAGUGUACUCUGAGCGGAAUUUCAACGGAAACAACAAAUGAUGCAAGACUACAAGGUUGUGAUUGCAUACGCGGGACUGCUUCUUCUAUUGUGGGGAAAGUUGUGCGAGCGAUACGUAACGUCCUGGUGCCACGAACGAAAUGUAUCCAGUGUGGUCACCAUUACAACACUCAUAUGCACAUGACGUAUGACCUUCAGCUUGUUUCCACGGAAUUCCUUUCUGAAGAAGUGCAAACACAAAUCAAUCAGAAGAAAAGCGCUAAAGAAACCAAGGAAGCUUUCAAAGAAGCAAUUGCUACAAAAAAGGCGGAAUUGGAGGAAGAGGAAAACAUCAUCAUGAAAACUAGCGCCAAGUAUGGCUCAUUCCUCAAAGCAAAUGCUCUCAUACCCUACAAUGACGCAGUUGGAGACUAUCUUGACAUGUCUAUUAAACAGGAGAGACACAAACCCGAUGAAAUCCGAAACAAAACUCUUCUGGAUACAAUGGAAACAAGGAAGACACAAUAUGAACAAGAAAGGAUCAUUUUGGAUCUGGCAAUCGAUAAAGAAGGUGACGAAAACAUACACACUCCAGAGGAAGUGAUGAAGCUUCAGGAAGAGCUCUUUGGCCUAAAGCAUAUGGGACAAACAUUGAAAGAUCUUUUUGAUGGAAUUUCCAUCUCACACUCUGCCAGAAACAUAGCAUUCAAGGAGACGUAUGCCCCCAUUCCACAGAAUCACAAGAAAAAAGGGGCAAAGAGCAGUUGGAAAAUUUGGUAG